AAAGACCCAUAGACUAUCCAAAGACCACAAAUGUGUAACUUCUGCGGUACGCUACAACCACAGUCUAUGGCUACGUCAACGAGGAACUCAAAAUACUACAAAAAAAACGCGCUAGUGAAAAACUUCUUGGCCUGCCAUAUUGCGGAAUGAACUGAGAAACGAUAGCAGAUACUAAUAGUCUUACAGUACUGAAGACUCAGGGGUCCUUUUGGUCUGGUCAGUCAACAACCAUAGCUAGCUAACGUUAACUAGCUAGCAGCUAACGUUAACGUUACCCUGACUUUUUGUAAUGCUUCAGGUGUCAAUCUGACUAAGAUUGCAACUAAGAGUUGUAUCAAUCCCACGGAAAAAAACGUGACCUGUGACCUGAGUAUGGACAAUAGCGCCAUUUAUGUCCGAGAAAGAGGCAACCUUCGUCGUGUCAGUGACAUAGUCCUGGCACAGCCAAAGCCAGUGUCAUCAUGCAGAAGGACAAAUCCGUUUGUGCUGAGAAAAGAGAACUUCGUGUUCACCUACAAUGCUGAAGGGAGUCUGAGAUACACCACAAAAUCUCUAUUUGAAAUCACUCUGUUAUUCGUAGCUGACAACAUCCACCAUGUGGACUCGCUGGUGGGCUUUCCUGAGCAAAUAGGAGACAGACUUUUUGCAGCAGCAGAAGAGAAUCGUGUGUUUUUAAACGUAGAAAUUUCUCAAAAAGCCUUGCAGUUAUUCAGUGAUGCAUAUGGGGAAAUUGUGCUUGGAUCCCUCUGUCUAAGAAAUAGAUUUCCACUUUUACAUGAGAGAUUGCGUGAAAUAAAGACAUUUCAUAGUUUAAAGUCUCUGGAUCUGUUUGGCUGCAGACUGGGUGAUGAUCAUGAGAUCUUUCAGCAUCUGACAUCCAGCGCAUUGGCAAGCGAUCUAAUUCAGCUUUUCAUUGGUGGUAACAGUCUGUCAGAUGUAGGCCUACAAAGAUUGACCGCACCCAUCCGGAUGCUGAAGAAGGGACUGGACUGUCUUCAGUUACUUGAUGUUUCUUAUAACCCUAUCUCAGUGAGGGCUCUCAGAUACCUUGCAUGCCUCCCCAAACUUGAAAAUCUUGAUGUAUCUGGGACCAAUUUGAAGCUUGGCACAGGAUUGAAGACAACCAUGUGGGACCUGUUGAGGCUCAAUUAUUCAGAGAAACCACUGGACACCUUUGAUCAUUUAAGAUGUAAAACAGAAGGUUGGGCACAGCAGAUUGUAAACCAGUGGGAAACAAAUAGCUCACAAAUGCCAAAACAGAAGAAAAUUGAUGAAUCCAGAGCAUCAGCACUUCGCUUUUUUGGCAGGCAGAAGUUUGUCAGAGAAGUCCUGAAUACAGCACCCUUGGGUGAGAACGAGGAAGAGAACAAGAGAGAGAGACUGCAUUUCUUCAGACCUGCAGCAAACAAUCACAUACCAGAGGAACAAGCUCCUUCCACAACAACAAUUCAAGCAAAGCCUGCCUGGCACAAUAUCAAAAAAAGGCAGCGUCAGUUGGAAAAGUGUGACAGUUCACAUCAAAGUCCUCCAACAAAACGUUUGUCCUCAUCAGCUCUUACUGCAGAGGACAUGGACUUGUUGAAUAGCUAUUGAGGUAUGUGUCCAUGUAGCAUUCCACAAAUAGCAACUUGAGUAUGUUGGUUAAGUGGUAAGAAUCUUACCAAGGAGGAGAGGGGAACUGUAAACACUUAUACUUGGAUACAGAUGUUUAUACGUUUUUUAUAAAUAAAGUUUAAUAUUUUGUAUGUUUCCAAUUUCUUGCCUGACAUUAUGUUGUUUGGAAACAAUCUAUAUGAUAUGGUUUUUAGUGUGCUCAUCAGACCUAGUAUGGUAAAUGCUGUAGACCAAUUACAUCAAUCCUGGACCACUAACUGGGCAAAGCAGACAACUGCCAUGAAACGGCUCCAUGCUUAGUGUGAGAACUGGUUCCUUGCUAAUUUAAUUGACAAUUUGUUUGUAAAUAUGCAGCACUGAAGCUAAAGGGCAACGGACGUGAUUAAGACCUCAACAUUGUUGCCUUAUUACUUAAUGUUAUGGCUUUGGUAUGUUCAAGGUUUUGUGUUUAUAUGUUGUAUUAUUUCCUCCCAUAAUAUUGUUGGUCACAGAAUGUGUGGUUAAAAAAAGUAUCAAAAAUGUUAGUCUUUUUUAUUCCACACAAUCUUCUGAGUGAAUGUAGUUUAGGCCCCCUACUGAGGUCUGGCAAACUCAGUUCUUCUCUGCUCCUCACCCCUAGAUCAUUUUAUUUUUCAGCCACAACUGAUUUAAGUAACAAGUUACCUGAGGCAGUUUUUUAAUACUUUGCACACUGCCGCUAAAGCCACUAAAGGGCUUUAUACAACUUUUUUGUUCACAUAUGCAGUAGCACUCCCCAAGUCCUGUAAACAGCCUUUGAUGUGUAAAUCGGUGGAGUGCCACAGAAAAACAAAUUACCACACAGCAAACCUAGAGUCAAGGUAGUAUUCCCAACAGAGGAAAAUUGUACAUAGCACAAAGAGGGGGGUAAUUGGAGGGGCUUGAGGCUCAGUUGUUGCCAUUGGGCCAAGCAGGUUAAUUCAGCCAAUGAAUUAGUGGGACACUACUGCAUUGAGUCCUGUGCCAACAGGCUCAGGGACAGCUUCAUCCCACCGGCUGCCAUAAAACAGCUAACUCUUGAAGAGUCUUGAGCUCUGAGAUUAUCACUUGGCACUUUACCUCUAUCACUUCAUUUUCAUACAGUUGACUUAAGAUUUGUUUACACCUCUGUAAACAUAAUUCUCAUUAUGCAUAUAUACGUUACUACAUUCUAUUUUACACUCAUCAGUCUUAUUCAUUUGCAAAACAAAUUAGACUUAACUUGCACCACUUUUUCCUUUUGUCUUAGCAUUCAGAUUUUGCUUGUAUGUUUGCUUUUCAAAGUUGGAGCGUUGUUGGAUGUGCCUGAGGUCUAAGAUUGUGUGCAGAUGACCAAUACAGAACCUUGAACCCAUAACUUGUAGUGUAAUUUGGCUUUUU